AGUGUGUAUUUAAUCCCACAGAAACGUAUAUAAAUGUUCUGUAUUUCAGAGUACAGCUAGACGUUAGGAUAUAAGACUCUGUAUUAGGAAUAUAACAGAAUAGAACCGAACGGAUUAUUGGAUAAUAAGGAAAUAAAUUUUACGUAUAGAAGAUAGAAAAGAAACGUGAGAAAUAUGGAAAACGACGCACUAACAGCGGGGGAAGAUAAACAUAUGGCUGGUGAAGAAAAACAAGUAUCAUUGUGCAUACGUUUUUUAAGGAAAGUUAGAAGUGUGUUCUUGAACAACUUACUGUUAUUUUCAACUUUGAUUGGCGUAGCUUUUGGCUUUUUGGUUGGAUUUGCAGUGAGAAUUUCUCAGCCGUCAGAAAACGCUCUCAUGUGGCUUGGAUUGCCUGGUCAGUUGUAUCUACGUUUGCUGAAAAUGAUGAUAGUACCUUUAAUCGCGUGCAGUGUUAUAUGUGGCGCUGCUGCCCUUGACCCAAAAGCCAAUGGGAAGAUUAGUUUUAUAGCAUUUGUGUUCAUUAUUUCCACCAAUGCACUCGGCUCCGCCCUGGGAAUCGGCUCCGUUUAUAUGUUUAAUCCAGGUAAAGAUGAAAUCCACGAGCAAGAUUCUGUUAUAGAAGGAACUAUGCAAACCCAGGAUAUCCUGGCUGAUCUGAUCAGAAAUAUCAUUCCAGAAAAUCUCUUUGAAUCAACAUUUUCACAGACUCAAACGAUGUAUAAUGUAAAAGAUAAAAUAAUUGAAGUUAAUACAACGACUGGUAUGAAGAAUGAAACAGUGAAACAUGUCUCUAAAUAUCUCGGCAAAAUGGGCAAUCCCAACAUCAUUGGUUUGAUAUUUGCAUGUACAUUACUUGGUCUAGCUGCAGCAAGUUUGAAGAAGAAAGGGCAACCAUUUCUUGACUUUAUACAGUCUGUAUCUGACACAGUUAUCGUGGUUGUCCGCUGGUUUAUGUGGACAACACCUAUUGGUGUUAUAAGUCUGAUUGCCGUGUCAAUAGCUAGUAUAGACAGCGUGGAAGAAGUUUUUGCUCAAUUAGGACUCUUCAUUGUGGCAAUCACUGUUGGUAUAACCUUCCAGCAGCUGAUUCUAAUGGCGGGAAUUUUCUUUGCAUUCACUCGCAAGAAUCCAUACAGUUAUCUUAUCUCUAUAGCAAGACCUUGGAUGAUUGCCUUUGCUGCAACAAGCACUGCCGUUGCUAUUCCGGAGAUGAUGGCGGCUUGUGAAGAUAAAAACAAGAUUGAUAAAAGAAUAUCUCGUUUUGUUAUACCGUUCAGUGUAACCAUCAGUUGUAACGGAAGUGCUCUCUAUAUAUCCGGGGCCACUGUUUUUAUAGCUAACUUAACCAAUACCAGUCUGACAAUCGGAGAUGUUCUCCUUAUAUGGUUAUUAGUGACAGUGGCUGCAAUGGCUAUACCAUCAGUACCAAGUGCAAGUAUAAUGACUACCAUCAUGAUCCUAUCGUCCAUGAACAUACCUAUGGAUGAUAUAGCUCUACUGUUGGCAGUAGAAUGGUACCUGGACCGAAUUCGUUCUACAAGUAGCGUUGUGAGUCAUACAUUUUGCACAGCUGUCGUGUAUAGUUUGUGCAAGAAAGAUUUAGCUGAGAUAGAUAGAAAACAUGUUGAGAAUGGUGAUGAUCUUGAUGAUGAUGAUGAUGACAAAGAGAUGGAAAUUAUUGUGGAGAAUGGUAAAGUUACAAAUGGGUACUUACAUCAUAAUGGUGUGAACGAGAAAGAGUCAGUUAUAUAAAUGCUAAUUUCAAAGCAUUUUGGACCAAGAGACAGUUUUCAAAAGGGAGGGCUUGAAGGCGGACACAAUUAGCAGAUGUUCAAAGACAUAUUAAAACACACAUCAAUUGUUCAUGUUUGUGAUUAAUUCAGCUUAAGGCGGUGCUGGGGGGAGGCAGACUGCAGCUUGCAUUUUCUCACUGUUUUCAUACAUUUGGUGUUUGGAAUGCUUAAUAGAAUAGAUACUAUGUUUCUAUUUUGUAAAGGGGUUCAACCAUAUACUGUUUUAUAUCAGAACCAUAAGGAAACUAAACUUUUGCUGAGGAAAACAACUAAAAAGUAUUAUUGCCCAUGAAUGGGAUGCCGGGGCUUCGUUUCUGACAUGGAAAAGAACCAAAUAAGUGAUAUAUAAUAUUUUUGUUCUUUUUACUUUGGUCUAUGGAAUCUCUUUGCCAAUUUUGUUGAUUUAAAUGAACGUGAUAAUUCUAUUAAUAGAUCUGAAGAAUGGGAAAAUAGUAUAAAGCAAUUUUGUGAUCUUAAUUUUGUGUAAUCUAUUGAUUUAGUUUCAUUAUUUAAAAUGAAUAAUAUUAUUAUAUAAUAAUGAUUCAUUGAUUAGAAUAUGUAUGUAAUGUACUUUAUAAAACAAAAUCUCAACGUUUGAAUCUCAGUUAUAAACGUAGUCUUGCACAAUUUUGUGCGUACAAAAAUGACAACAGCACAUAUGUUUUUAUUAUAUAUGUUGUAGUAGCGCAAAAUACAUUUCGUUAUUAUCAUUAUAAUUUAUUGUCAUCUACGGUUUGUAGUUAUUUUAUUUAUUUAAUGAAUUGUAUGAAUGUUACUUUGCUCAAUUUGCUGUAAGUAUCGCUGUUAAGUUUAUUUACAUGUAUAUUAUAUAUUUAUAAUUCAUAGCAUCUCUAUUUUGACAGAGAAACAGUUUACAAGUAUGUCAUAGGAAUAAAUAUUUUAUUGCUAAUACUUGCUAUUGGGAGUUUUUUUCCCGUUAUUAAAUUGUAAGUGUAUGUUAGCGGAUUUUUUUAUCCUUACGUUCAAGGUAAAAGUUCACAUUCUUUAUACGUACUCUUAUAAUUAUGGUUGGAGAGGGUUUUAAAAGUAAUACCUAUUUUAUGGCUGGAGCAAAGUUUCCAAUAUCACAUAGUUUUAUUAUAGGUAUUUAGUAGAUAGUAUGGACAUCUUCAAUCAUUACUUUUUUAUAUAGUAUAUGUAAAGUAAAAUUUAAAACCGAUGUAAUCAUGGUACUAAAUGCUGAGACAAAGCAAGUAAGAUCGCGAAUAACAUUUAUUUAUUUACCCUUAUAUAUACACACACAUAUAUUUACAUGUACAUGUAUAUUUGAAUUGUCUUAUUUUAUGUUAUUUUAUUUCAUGCCUUUCAUGAAAUAUUUAUUUUCAUACCACUCGAUGAAAAUGAAUUCUGUAUUUAUAGAAAAAACAUAAAUAUCAUCUAUAUGUCAUUUUGUUUGCGUCACACAUCAUUGAGUCAUUCACCCCGUUUUAGGGGUGAAAUGUUACACAUUCAUUUAAGAAAUUCAAAAGGUUAAGGGUUAAAGUUUCUUCGUAACAACAAAAGUCCUUGUUAAAUUCGAGGCAGGACAAGAUCUCAUUGCAUACGUCCAGCACGGUUAUGGCCAUAAAACGACGCUUUACAUCAUCCUACUCUUGACAUUGAAGUUAACAAGUGUACCAAUGAACUUUGUAAAUUUCGUGUGCAGUUGAUAAAAUAUGCAAUGAUUUUCGCUUUUGUAAAAUAAACAUUUUAUAGUUACAAAAUUUCCCGAAGUUGAGAAAUUACAGUUGAAAUAAUAACAUGAGGAAUUUAAAUUGGCCCUUUCCUGAAGUACUAGUCAACCAUUUCAUGACAUUGGAUAUUUCAAACAGAAUUAUUGCAUUACAUAGCUUACAAUAUGAAAAUAAUGCAUUUUCUGGAUCUUGUAAUUUAUAUGAUCUAGAUCAACAUGACAUUAGAACAUGUUUACAUAGGAAUUACACAUACAUUAAGCAUAUGUAUUCAUUAGUUCAGUAAUAAAUUUAAGAAAUGUACAGUAUACAUGUAAAUCAUGUACAUCGAAUAUGAACAUAUAAAUAAACAUUUAUAUAAAAUAGAUGAUACAUGACUCAUCACAUGACCAUAGAUAUUUAUUUCUAAUGUUUAUUUAUUUAUUACUCUUAUUGAACAUGUGUAAAAUGUAGACAUCUACAUAUCACUUAUUGUAAAAUAAAACUGUUAUUUCGUGUU